AUGAUUCCAGAGCCUGUGAUAAGCACAACAAGAGGAAUGGGCAGCAGUGGCUCAACAACUCAUUGGCAACAUCAUACUCAGCAUGGACAGAUUUUGAUACAGAGUGUAUGUGAAACUAUGGUUCCAAAACUUGUGGCAGAAGAUAUACCACUCCUCUUCUCGCUUUUAUCUGAUGUAUUUCCUGGUGUAUCAUAUACUAGGGCUGAGAUGAAAGGUUUAAAGGAGCAGAUAAGAAAAGUCUGCCAGGAAAUGUUUCUUGUUUGUGGGGAAAAUGAGGAAAUUGGUGGUCUUUGGAUGGAGAAAGUUCUUCAACUUUUCCAAAUUUCACAAUUGAAUCAUGGUUUGAUGAUGGUUGGGCCCAGUGGCAGUGGAAAAUCAACUGCAUGGCAUGUUCUUCUUAAAGCAUUAGAACGAUUUGAAGGAGUAGAAGGUGUUGCUCAUGUCAUAGAUCCUAAGGCUAUUUCCAAAGAAGCUUUGUAUGGAACCCUUGAUCCAAAUACAAGAGAAUGGACGGAUGGAUUAUUCACCCAUGUUCUAAGAAAAAUAAUUGAUAAUGUCCGUGGUGAAAUCAGUAAGCGUCAGUGGAUCAUAUUUGAUGGUGAUGUAGAUCCAGAAUGGGUUGAAAAUUUAAAUAGUGUUCUUGAUGACAAUAAACUCUUGACUUUGCCAAAUGGUGAACGUUUGAGUUUGCCACCCAAUGUACGAAUAAUGUUUGAAGUACAAGAUUUGAAGUUUGCUACAUUAGCUACUGUGUCCCGUUGUGGAAUGAUAUGGUUUAGUGAAGAUGUGCUAUCAACUGAAAUGAUUUUUGAGAACUUUUUAUUAAAACUCCGACAUAUUCCUUUAGAGGAAGUUGAGGAAGAAAUAUCUUAUAAAAAGAAAAAAGAAGAUACGCUCAAAGAAGAUCUUUUGUCUCCUACAUUACAGGUUCAACGAGAUGUUGCUACAAUACUUAGCCCACAUUUUACAUCAGAUGGUUUAGUUGUUCGAGCUUUAGAAUUUGCAUCAAAUCAAGAACAUGUAAUGGAUUUCACACGGCUUCGAGCCCUUGGCUCUUUAUUCUCAAUGCUGAACCAAGCAUGUCGAAAUGUUUUGAAUUAUAAUCACAGUCAUCCUGAUUUUCCUAUGCAGCAAGAUCAGUUAGAUCGAUAUAUCCCUCGCUGUUUAGUCUAUGCAUUACUGUGGUCCUUUGCUGGUGAUGGAAAAUUGAAAAUAAGAUCUGAUCUUGGUGAUUUUAUAAGAGGAAUCACAACUAUUCCUUUGCCACCAGUUACUAAUGCACCAAUUAUAGAUUUUGAGAAUGUUGUAAAAGUUCAAGACAAACAAGUAUUACAACAAAAAAUUCAACUUUUGGCAGAGAAAUCUAGUCUUGGAGAAAAAGUUUAUCACAGUUAUUUGUGGGAAAAUAGGGUGGUAACAUUACAGAAAUGGGUUCUAAUGAGGAAUGUCUCCACUUUUAGCUGUAAUACAUUGGUAGCAGCAACGUUUCAUGCUGUCAAUUAA